AUGGCCGAACGACCCAGACCGCCACUUCUCAGGCGCGUCCUGACAGCAAUCAUCGACCCGGUUAAUCGCGAGGAACAGGGCUACCCUCGUUACCCUACAAUGCAGGGACUCCACGACCCAGAAAACGAGGGUCUAUCCAUGGGGUCCGCAAAUAAUCCUCAACUCACCCGCCGCCUGACGGUAGCCACAACCCACGCCAGCACCCUGAUCCCCCCGUCAGACAAACUGCUCGUUUUCCGGGCUCUCACCGGCAUCGACAUCGUCCCGGCCCUAGCAAUCCCGCACCAUCACCCGCGUAGCGCACCCAACAUUGGCAUCUACACGCGCGUCGUGCGCGCCGAGCAAGCCGCCGCACAGCGCCACCAGUUUUUCAGCAUCCUCAUGAACACCUGUCUGGGCAUCCAGAUCAUUGUCGCCGCCUCGCUGACAGCCCUCGGCGCUGCGCGCGGGCCCCACAAUGCCGUCACGGCGUUUGGCGCCAUCAACACUAUCAUGGCGGGUAUCCUGACCUAUCUCAAGGGGUCUGGGCUGCCCGAUCGUUUGAAGCACUACCAGAACGAAUGGCGGAAUAUUCGAGAGUAUAUCGAGCAGCGCGAGCGCGAGUUCUGCCUCGACGGUUGCCAGCUGGAUGUUCAGGAGGAGAUUCUUUUCAUCGAGAGCAUGUAUGAGGGUGUCAAGCGGGAGAUCGAGGCGACCAAGAGCGGGGAGAAUCGCUCGAUAGCUGGACCGGGGCAGGUUCGUCGGUCGUUUCUGCCGCAGGCGCGGGCACCUGAACCACAGCAGCCUGGAAGGCCUGAUGCAGGCAGCCCGGUGUCUGUUCCUGAGGCGGUAUUGGAGAAGAACCCGCACUAUGUGCGGGCUUGA